AACUUAGCCGGGAAAUGAGCGGCCUUGGAUAGGUAGCCCAAGUACUUAACGUUACUACAGCUGAGUGAGUGCUUUCCUCCAAAUUUGUUUUUGGUACAUUAUCAUGGUACAUACAUUGGAUUAAAAUUAAGGUAAAUGGAAUCAUGCCCGUUCAUACCAUCCACGAUCCAAGUUCCAAGACUCUACAAAGUAUCCCCAUACCGACUCUGACAGAAAACUCAGACUGGGCUGGAAAAUGUGUGAAGGGUAAAGUGGUUUUUAAGGGCCCCUUGGUAUCCAGGGGAGACCAUCUGAACUGCAUCCUAAAGACUGUGAUUCAAGAAGAUGCCCCCCCACAGAGCCAAGCAUCAAAUGACACGUCCAUCAAUGUCGUGUUGUUUGGAGGGCUGGCCAAGGACUUCUCGCAUAGUGUCAAUCAAGGGGACAUCGUUGUGCUGUCGGGAUUCACAGUGAGUCCUUCUCCCACUGUUAGGAAAGACAAGCUCCAUCCCUGUAACCUUCACUUGGAUGGCACCGAGGCCCAUAUCCACGUUUGUGCUGUUCCAAAGCCUGCGGGGGGGACAUCUGGAGUCAGUGCUACUACCAAGUAUACUUACGUCCCCCUGAACGAGCUGACACACGGGUCUCUGGUGAAUGUCUACGCAGUGGUGACCUUCUUUAAGUUGCCCUUCCCCACCAAAGGCACAGAUUACUGUUCAACGCUGAAGCUCACGGACCAGUCGGGGACUAAAGUGGGCUGCACUAUCUUCUGCGACAAGCAAGAGAGCCAUCCUAAAAUCUUCAAGAUAGGCGAUGUCAUCCGGCUGCACCGAGUAAAGGCUCAGAUCUAUGGUGGCUCAAUGACUCUGAUCACCUUCUGGGGCUGGUCGGCCGUCACCUUUGACGGUGCGGUCGGCAGCCCGGUUGUGCCACGUACUACGUCCACCAAGAAAUUCCACUUUGGCGAAGAGGACAGUCGCAUGGUGAAUGCUCUCCGAGACUGGGCUGCCAGUGCCAGCGACUCCCCCGUCCCCCCGGAGCCCACGGUGCACCUCUCCGCGGUGGUGCCCAGGCAGUACUUCAACCUCACCUGUCAGCUGUUAGCCAAAGCUAGCAUGGACAGCGCCUGCACUCUCCUCAAGGUGUGGGACGGCACCCGGUGCAGCUAUCCUUUGCUGACGGUCCCAGUGGAACCCGGGGCCCUGGAGGGAGGUUCUCCCGCGGUGAGCGACAGGCAGGGCCUCAUAGCCAACGUGCUGGUCUACGACAACCACGUGGAGACUGCUCAGGCCCUACAGCCUGGCAUGUUCCUGUGCAUCUACAACCUGCACGCUGUGCCGCAGUUGGUGCCUGGAGAAGCCAGUGGAGGCCAGGAGGCUCUGAGCUUCCACCUGCACGGGGGCACCUCCUUCGGCCGAGGGCUGCGUGCCCUUCCCCCUGGGGGCCCAGACAUCCUGGAGCUCAAGAGAGCGCUGCAGUCGUGUGCUGAGCAGAUGGAGGAUGACAUGAACAGCUCUCUGGAUGACCUGGCCUGGUUCACACCGGAGAUUAGCAAUGGGGGCUUUGAGGUAUCUUCAACAGUGCGGAAUUGUGAGCAUACUCUGCAGCAGGUCUCUCUGGCUGAAGUAAAGAGCUCGGCCCCCCCUCAGUUUUUCCAUGUUCGAGCCCAGGUCAAGUCCUACCAGCCACAGAGACUCUACCAGUCUCUCAAACUCUUCUGCUCCCAGUGUAAGACCAUUGAAGAGGUUCCAGACCCUAAGACUCUUCGGGAAAGGUUUCAGGAGGCUGUGACGAACAACAGACCCUGUAGACCAGCCUGGGCCGAUAGCCUGGUAGCGGACACUGAAGAUCCCAGCCGGAAGUUCACCCUGCAUGUGUCCUCUACCAAGUGCCCAGCAGACAGGGACUCCAAGCUGAUCUUUGUUCAGGGUGCCGACCUCCAGGAGAUGUGCCACCUCUCUUCUUCUGAUCACGAGUACAUGGUUCCUGUGAGGUCAUCCAGGGGGAAGCUGCUCUUCCUUGACCACACGGCGCCCUUCCUGUUCAGAGGGAAAAGGCAGUUCUACGGCUGCAGACAGUGUUCAAAAAGAAAACUUGUGAAGCCAACAGUUGAAGGCAUUGAGGUCUGGAAUGAGAGGAGUGUUUCUGAAGCUCUGGGGGUCCAGCUGAUGCAGUAUGUUUCCUUGAUGAAGCUGGAACUGGAGGAUAGCUCUGCUACACUGGAGGCCCUGCUGUGGGACAACUCAGAGAACUUCUUCCGUGUCUGUGCGGAUGACUUGGCUCACAGUCAGGAGGCACAGGACAGGAUGCAGCAGCUCAUGGAGAGGUUACAGCCAGCAGGCAGCAGCACAUCCCAGCGUCCUUGGCUGGAUCUUUGCCUAAGCCUGUACUCUGUGGAUGAAGAUGACCAACGCCAGGUCCAGUGCCAGAUAGUCAACACCCAGACCAGGGACGUCCUAUAGCCCAACAAGAAAGCCCCGCAGGACGCAGUACGCUAGGGUCAGGCCAAGAUAUGAAGCUUGUAUAGUCCACAAAAACACAAGAAUAUUUUGUAUACUGUAUGGGAAGAAUACGCUUAUGUUUGUGGGCAGCUUUUUGUGCUGUUGAAAGAAAACCUUUUGUUGAAAUAAUUAAAUUAUAUUUUAAAAAAUGUGACUUGAGCUAUCUUUUUGGCUUCAGUUCCAUUUAUAUACAAUUCUUUAAAUGCUGUGUGUCAAGGACCCAGGAAAGGUCCAAAAUAAAGAUUUAUAAUUUUAAAA